UACGAUGAAUCAUAAGAUCCCCCCACCUUCCAUUUGAGCAAUCAGCUUCAUCAAGUGGGUUACCCUGCAUCAACAAUCCCGAAAAUAAGCGGGGUAGCUACACGUGCUAUCAUGAGCUAUGCGACUGUCGUUCUUGCUGCGCGUUUGGGCCGAACCUUACAUCGACUCUUUCUACCUAUACAACUGCGUUAUCUUCCACCAGGCUGCGGCAUUGUUGAAUCUUGAACGUUAAGCACCAUGGGAAAGAAGAAGGUUCUCGUCAGCUAUGGUGUUGACAUUGACGCUGUUGCUGGUUGGCUCGGUUCGUACGGGGGUGAAGACUCUACGAGCGAUAUCAGCAGAGGUCUCUGGGCUGGGACGAUAGGAACCCAACGCCUGCUGAAGCUCUUCGACAAGUACGGGAUCAAAGCAACAUGGUUCAUCCCAGGUCACUCUCUUGAUACCUUUCCCGAAGACUGCGCCGCCGUGCGGGAUGCGGGCCACGAAAUCGGGCUCCACGGUUACUCACAUGAAAACCCUGCCGACAUGACCUUCGAGCAACAGCGCGACGUUCUCGAUAAGACCUACAAGCAACUCACUGCUUUCUGUCAUGGCAAACCUCCACGCGGUUCUGUAGCUCCAUGGUGGGAAACUUCCAAGGAAGGCACGGAGCUUCUCCUCAGCUACGGCAUCGAAUACGAUCACUCCAUGUCGCACGAAGACCACCGCUGCUAUUGGUUGCGUACGGGCGAUGAGUGGACCAAAAUAGAUUACAGCAAAAAAGCAGUAGACUGGAUGAAGCCCCUUACCAAGGGGCAAGAGACUGGACUGGUGGAGAUACCGGGGAGCUGGUAUAUCGACGAUUUGCCGCCGAUGAUGUUCAUGAAGAAGAGUGCAAACAGCCACGGAUGGGUAAAUCCAAGGGACGUGGAGCAAAUAUGGAUGGACCACUUCGACUACUUUUAUCGCGAGUACGACGAGUUCGUCUUUCCCAUGACAAUUCAUCCCGAUGUUAGUGGAAGGCCACAUGUCGUGCUUAUGCAUGAGAGGAUUAUCGAGCAUAUCAACAAACAUGAGGGUGUCGAGUGGGUGACAAUGGAACAGAUGGCGGACGACUUUAAGAAGAACAACAAGGUGCCGGAGAACGCGAUGAUGCCGUCACCGCGUGGUGAGAUUCUCAAGCUACAGAAGGAGGGGAAGGCAUAUUCACUGCUUGAUUACGAUGGUCCAAUGCCCCAAUAGCGAUGAUAGAGAAGCCAAUGAGUUGCGAAUGUCACUAGUCUUUCUGUCAUUGUCUGCGUUGGUGUGACCAC